AUGGUGAAGUUGAUUUCGCCAUCCUUUCCGCCCCGGCGGCCUUCAAGCUUUCUCCGCUACGCCGCCGCCGUCAUAUUUUUUGUAGCCCUCUUCUACUACUUCGACCCACGAUACCCAAGAGAACCCUUGACACCGCUUCGACCAGAAAAGCCAGAGCAACCACCUUCAACACCGAACUCGCGGCCUCCAGUCCAGGCUGGGGGUGCCGAAAAGCCGAUCCCUCGACCCGAGACGACGCCGAUACCGCCGACAGACAAACAAGCAGCAUCAACAGCCAAGCCUCCCCCGGGGGGUGCUUCCAAUCCCGAGGUGGUCGCCAACCCGUCAAAAGAACAUCCAAUUGAUACCCUGAUCAAGGAGGCCGACGAGAUGUUCAAUGACUUGCUAAAGAAGGAGUCCAAGACGCUGCCUGCCGCGGCCAAGGCCUACCGCGAGCGACGUGGUCGCCAUCCCCCACCGGGCUUUGACGCCUGGUUCCAAUUCGCCCAGGACCGCAAGGCCGUCAUCGUGGAGGACUUUUUCGACCAGAUCUACCACGACCUUCGACCGUUCUGGGGCCUUGAGCCAUCGCGCAUCCGAAAAGAGGCGGCCGAAUGGGAGAUGGUUAUCAAAGUGCGCAAGGGACGAGCGACCCGUGUGAGCGACUGGUUCUGGACGAUCCACUGGACAGACAUGCUCAAGACAAUCGAGCACCUGCUACCCGAUAUGGACAUUGCCCUGAAUCCGAUGGACGAGCCACGAAUGGUGGUGCCGUACGAGGACAUGGAACAGCAUUUGAGGGACGCUGCCCUGACGGAAGGGAUACCGGAACCGAAAAUGGUUAUGAACACAUUCCAGGCCCUGCCUAGCAAUAAAAAGGAACUCGACCGCAACGUCAAGGUCAAGAGCAAGCACUGGGACAAAGUCACGAAACAAUAUUGGCUCAUUGCCCGUCGGGGUUGCCCCCCCGACAGUCCUGCCCGACUGGCGAAGACGCAAAUGACCUUUAAUCAUCCCCCCGCCGUCUCAACAAAGUACGCCACGCCGCAUAUGCGCGACGGCUUCGUCGCCAACUACACCCUCUCGACCCAAAUCUGUCACCAGCCUGACCUACAAGGCCUCAAUGGCAUCUUCAUUGAGCCCCUCAGCACAGCGGCCACGCCCGUACUGUUCCCCAUGUUCGGCGGUUCCAAGCUGGCUGUCAACAACGAGAUCCUCCUGCCUGCGGCCAUGUACUGGACGGAGGAAGAACGGUUCAGCGGCGGCGGGUACCAUGGCGGGCCCUGGAGCAGGAAGCAAGACUCGGUGCUCUGGCGCGGUGUCGCGACGGGCGGGCGCAACCGUGUGGAUAAUUGGCAAGGUUUCCAGCGCCACCGAUUCGUGGCCAUGAACAACGCCACAAAGGUCACGGGCGCCGAGGACGGCACGAUGGACCCCAUCAACUUUUCUCUUCCGGACAAGAUGUACAACCUCGCCGCGCAGGCGGUGGGCGGGCUGGGCGACUGGAUAAAGUCGUGGGCCAACGUCGGAUUCACAGAUCUCAUGUGCGAGCCCGAGGGCAAGGCCGGCAUGUGCAACUACACCAGCCCCUACUUCGAUGUCAUCGACGGCGUCAUGCUCUCCGAAAUGUACGACAGCAAGUACCUACCCGACGUUGACGGCAACAGCUUCUCGGGCCGGUACCUCGCGUUCCUGGGCAGCACGAGUCUCCCCAUCAAGUCGACAUUAUGGCGGGAAUGGCACGACAGCCGGCUGGUGGCGUGGAAGCACUUUGUGCCGAUGGACACGCGGUACAAUGAAUACUACGGCAUCAUGGAAUACUUUGUGGGAUACGGCGACGAGAGGCCGGGCCACGACGCUGAGGCGGAGAAAAUUGCCAUGGACGGCAAGGCGUGGGCGGAGAAGGCGCUGCGCAAGGAGGACAUGCAGAUCUAUACGCUGCGGUUGCUCCUCGAGUACGCGCGCGUCACAGACGAGAGGAGGGAGAGAAUGGGCUGGGUGCACGAUUUGCUGGCGGAGCAAACGUCGACGUGA